GGAGGGCAGAGCGGCACUUUUUAUUGCUAGAUUCGGUCGUUUCGUGCAAAAACGUGUCGAAUAAGUGUAUUUUUAUCAAAAUUUGAACUGAGCGGGAUAUUCUAUACUUUUACCUAAUUCUGUUGUAGAUAGUCUUUCUUUCUCGAUUAUAGUAGUUCUGAAUAGUCCAAAAUGAGUGUAAUUACUGAAUCCGAGAAGAAACGCUUGCAAUCCUUGAAGGAGAAGAAACAGGCAUUCAAAGCAAAGGAACAACUUAUACAGCAAGCAUUAAGGAACUUGGAUAAUACUACACACAACAAGAAAAUUAUAUUUGACGAUGAUAAUGAACAGCAAGGUAUAAAACCAAAGAAAAAGAUAAAGAAAGAUUUGUUUGACAGUGAUGAUGACAGUAACAACGAAAAGAAUUCUUUAUGGAAUGAAGAUGCAUUUAAAGUCAAGAAAAGUAAAAAGACUCUUGGAAAUGAUGCACGUUUUAUUCUGGAUGAUCGUUUUGUACAAGAAGACAAUCAGACUGAGGAGAAUAAAGUUGUUACAGAUAUCAAUGAGUAUGAUUUACUGAAGGAAAAGGAAAAACAAUUAGAUAUCUUAGAAAGUAUUUUAGGAACACCACUUACCAUAAAAAAUCUAGAAACAAAACCUACUAAGAAGGAAUUGAUGGUACGAUAUGAUCCAACUGAAAAUGGGCACUGUGAAUAUGAAAUGAAACCUGUACAACCAGAAACUAAGGAGAAAAAUAUCAAAAAUAAGAAACGUGAUAAAUCAGUACUAGAAAUUAAGGAUUCUGCACUUCCCAAACCAGAAGUGUCAAAGGAUAUUUAUUACAGUGUAUCUGAUACUCUGACAGAGAGCUUGAAACAGAAAGGAGGAUUUAGUUUGUUAAAGUUACAUGAGAAAAACAGAGAUGAUACAGAAAAUAGUAAGGAUAAUGAUACAUCCACAAUAGAAAAUAUUAAAGCCCAACAUUUCAAAUUAAAUUUUAAUGCAAAUAAUGCAUUUAAAUGUGAUUCAUCUGAUGAUGAAAAUAUAUCUGAAGCACCAGAUAUAAGUAACCAAAUAGACGAAACUAAAGAUGACAUACAACAAAAUAUUUUGUUUGGCUAUAAAGAUACUCUAUUUUUUUAUAGCAAUGAUGUAAGAUUUAAUGAAGCUGUAAAAUUCUUCAGUACAGAAGCUACCUCGAAUGACACAUUUAACAAUUUAAGACGUGAAUUAAAAACAAUUGUACGUAUGAAAAUUCGUAAUAAUGAAAGGAGACAUCAACCUUAUGAUAUGACUUAA